CAGAAACAAAAUGGCUGACGAUAUUAUGAACUUCACAGACGAGGUCAGCGCUACGGUGGAGCCUAGUGAACUAUCCAAGUUCUCGCCGGGGUUGCUCACCUUUGCUGCCAUAGUCACCGGGACCAUAAUGCUCGUUGGAUUGUUUGGCAAUCUCCUUACUGUCGUCGCGCUCCUCAAAUGCCCCAAAGUGAGGAAUGUUGCAGCUGCUUUUAUUAUAAGUCUCUGCAUAGCGGACUUCCUCUUCUGCGCCAUAGUGCUCCCAUUCGCCAUAUCUGGGUUCUGGACGCGGACCUGGUCUCAUGGGGGUGCACUGUGCAAGCUGGUCCCGUUCCUGAGGUACGGGAACGUCGGAGUAUCCCUCCUGAGCAUCGCCCUCAUAACCUUGAACAGGUACAUAAUGAUAGCGCACCACAGCUGGUACUCCCGUGUGUACCGCAAGCACAACAUCGCCAUCAUGAUCGUCUUUUCGUGGAUGUUCUCUUACGGCAUGCAGAUACCAACCCUUGUUGGAGUAUGGGGUAAAUUCGACUACGACCCGGAAUUGGGAACAUGCUCUAUAAUGCCUGAUGACAACGGGCGUUCAGCCAAGACUGCUCUCUUCGUCAUCGCCUUCAUAGUCCCAGCCCUGCUGAUCUUCAUAUGCUACGCCAGGAUCUUCUGGGUAGUACACAGUUCAGAGCAGCGUAUGAGGGAGCAUCAAAGAUCCCAGCACACGAGCCCUGGUACUCUCAACAAUAGCACUGACAAGAGAUCUACCAUCAAAGACAAUAGGGAGACGAAGGCCAGGCGUAACGAGUGGAGGAUCACUAAGAUGGUGCUGGCCAUCUUUCUGUCUUUCCUCGUCUGUUACUUGCCCAUCACUAUCGCGAAGGUAGCUGACAACCAUGUGCAUUACCCUGUGUUCCACAUCACGGGCUACCUUCUCCUGUACGCGAGCGCAUGCGUAAACCCGAUCAUCUACGUGAUCAUGAACGCUCAGUAUCGUGCUGCGUACGCGGCCGCGCUGUGCUGCCCUCUAGCCAGACUGUCAGGCCUCACCAGCGGUGCGUAUCCCUCCUCGCCGGUCGCAUGCCAAGCCGUCAGGAAGUCGGAACGCACGUCGGCUCUCGCCUCAUAUAUCAGACCAGAAAUGGAACGAGCGUCACGGGUACAACUACAACAACACACAAACGGCGCUCAGCCAAGUGUCACUGGGGGAGUCGAGAGUCGACCCUCGGGGCACCCUGGCGCCUGCAGGCCCUGGCGGAAGAUAAGUGCCAGGUCCCCAGACUCUCACAGCGCUGGCCCCGCCCAAGGCAUCGGACCGGCCACAGAGACUGUCAGCUUCGGGCCAAAAAUAGGAAACAGACAUUCUGGACACAAAAUAGGAUCACUACAAAGCAUUAAUGCCAAAACUGACACUCGACCUCAAAUAAUGGGGUCUCAACAAAGUAUUGGUGCGAAGUCUACUGGAUCUGCAAUCAGACCUCUGACGGGAUCUCAGUUAAGUUUAGGGCCUAAAGUCACUCGAUUCCAGAUCGACGAUUUACAAAGUGAUAGACAAACCAAUGUAUAGCGACUUGUCGCUCAUUUAUAGACAUACCAAAGAUAUUGUAAGACUUAUACCAAAUAUUUUAUUUUGCAUUUUAUGAAUUUACUUAAAUGGAUUAACGUAAUAUGUAACAAUAUUUUAUAAAUAAUUUCACUUAAAUCCCUUCAGCAUUAUUGCGGGGGAAAAUGCUCUCUUAAUUUUAUUAUAUAAUUUAUUUUUACAUUAUCGCAAACAAUAUCCGUCCUGUAAUGAGCGACAAGUAGCAAUAUUCGAUAUAAUAUUAAUUUGUAAAUAAGGUGACUUCUAGUAAGUAAGGAAUAUUAAUGAAAGAAUUGAGUUUUCUGUCUUCCAAAAUACUCUUUGUAUCUAUGUAUAGAAGUAUAGUGGAGUAAAAAUAGGUUGUGUGCUGUCGACAUAAUGCAGAGUGCCUUUAAAAUAGAUAGUAACUAUUUAGAAAUACAAGUUUAACCUGAAAUGG